AUGACAGUAUACGUGGCUGCGGCAUGGAAUGUCUACCGGAAGACACGCUUAAUGCUAUUAGACAUCAUGCUACGAUGCUUGUCUCGACUGCAAGAAAAAGAUGCCUAUGGACAGAAGCGGGCGGAAGCAACUACACUUGCAAAUGAUAUUAUGGCAUCCAUACCAUUUCACGUGGCAGAUAAUGUUGAGAGCAUCGCUGACCAAGGAAGCGUAAAAGCAGUGAAAGUCGACCCUGGGAAGGCAGUUGGUGGCCUACUGCUGAUUCAUCCCCUGUUUGUGGCUGCGAAUCUCUCAAUCGUGCCACCACAUUUGCAGAUUCAGAUGAGGGAGUGUCUCGCUUGGAUUGGUGAAAAUUUGGGCAUUGGACAAGCAACCGUGUUCUCCAAGGUCAGAUCGAAGCAUUAA